AUGAACCAAACAGUUCAAAUGUAUAGUGCUGAAAUCGCUAAGAAAAACCAGAGAAUUCAUGAAUUAGAAAAUCAAUAUCAAUCUUUGCAACAACAAUGUUCUUGGAUUUAUAUUAAUCAAAAUGAAUUACAACAGAAAAUAAAUGAGUGCAAUAGUUUGAAGGAACAAAAUAUGAGACUCUCAGACUCCGCAAAUUAUUAUAAUUUUCAAUUAAAUUUGACAAAACAAGCUCUUGAAAAAAUUCGCAUUGAAAAUGAAAAUUUAACCAAUAACCUUAAUAGAAUUCAGCAACAACUUCGUGAAAAAACAGAAGAAAAUCAAAAAAUUUUAUCGACCAAUGAAACAUUGAAAGUAGCAUUCAAAGACCUUAUAGCCAAGAUAAAUAACUGUAAAUCUUAUUGA